AUGCUGAUCGGCAUCUGCGGACCGAUCUGCUCCGGCAAACACAUUACUGCAGAGUACCUUGUCCAGCAUCACGGAUUCUUGAGGCUGCAUCUGCCUUCCCAGAUUCAGCUCGCUAGGACAGCCUCCGACGACGUCAAGCGGUUACUUCCAUCAGUGACCGACGAGAAAGGUACUCGAGGCCUCACAUUCCCUGACGUCGACUCUCUCCUGGAAUUUGUCACCAAGCGCUGGCGCGAACAUUGGGUAUUGACAGACAUCCAUGACGAAGCCACUCUUGAGCUGUUGCUUCGGAGACCAUUCUUCCUCCUGCUCAGCAUUGACGCACCGGUCAGUCUUCGCUACAAACGAUUCACAGAAAGAUGUGUCAGGCGCCAGCUAGAUCCGAUGCCCCUCUCUGAUUUUAUAACCACCAACGACAUGCAACUCUAUGGUACAACAACCUCCACACCGACCACACCCGAUCUAGACGGCCAGUCGCAACCGUCCAUAGCCCUGGGAAUCGCCCACCUUCUGCCGCGGGCGCAUCUGCAGAUCCUCAACCAAUACGCCUCAGUCUCGACAUACUACAGUUUUCUAGCUUCGCUCGAUCUGCCGUCACCGGUCCGCCUGCGCCCAACUUGGGACGCCUACUUCAUGACCAUAGCAUCCCUAGCAUCCCUCAGAUCCAACUGCAUGAAGAGGAGAGUCGGUUGCGUAUUGGUGCACAAUUCUCGCAUCAUUUCGACCGGCUACAACGGCACGCCGCGAAACCUCACCAACUGCAAUGAAGGCGGCUGUGAGCGCUGCAACAGCGCCCGACAGGGUGGCGUGGGUCUGGCGACCUGCCUCUGUCUGCACGCCGAAGAGAACGCCCUCCUCGAAGCUGGUCGAGAGCGCAUCCGUGAAGGUGCCGUGCUCUACUGCGACACGUGUCCGUGCCUGACGUGCAGCGUAAAAAUCGCUCAGGUCGGUGUCAAGGAGGUGGUUUACAGUCAAGGCUACAACAUGGACGAUGCCAGUCGAAGGGUCUUGAAGGAAGCGGGAGUUGAGCUGCGGCAGUUCAGUCCCCCACGAAGCGGCCUUGUGGGCACCGGAACGAGCUACCAGGCAAGUUUUGAAGAUUUAGGGCAGGAUCUCGUCCUUCGCAACGGGGAUCAUUGA